CCCUCCCCCAGGAACCGUGAUGAGUAUCGGCAUAAUCAUAUCUAUAAAAAAAAAACAGAAAGAGAGCGCGAAGUUCUUCCUUGUUUCCGGACUGCGUGGCGUCUAUACUUUCUGUCAGUACCCACCCAUAGCCAUCGAUCUACGCACCUGCCAUCACUUACUCUCACCUCUACCUCUUCUAUAACUCCGGUUCAUAUCACCCUCUCCUCCACUCCUCCUCAUCCUUCUUCGACGGACAGCGAAAAAUGUCAUCACACGCUGCUCUUCCCCCGUGGGGAUAUGCCGUCGCCGGCGCGACUGGCGCAGUGCUGGCGAACGCCGCUGUCUACCCGCUGGACAUUGUGAAAACCAAGCUCCAAGUCCAAGUCAAGAAACGCAAGUCCCCGAGCGCGGCCACCAACGGCGUCGCCAAAGAUGCAGAAGCAGGUGCAAACGCGGACACGGACGCCACGGUGGACAAGACCGAUGCCGCCGCCGUCAUCGUCGAAGAACAACACGAGCAUUACGACUCGACGCUCGACGCGAUCCUCAAGAUCGUCGCGAAAGCGGGUAUUCCCGGGCUAUACUCGGGUAUGGCGGGCUCGCUCCUGGGUGUGGCCUCCACAAACUUUGCCUACUUCUACUGGUACACGUUUGUGCGGAAUUGGUACAUCAAGCGCACCAACGCGACGUCGAAUCUCGGCACCGCUACGGAGCUCCUGCUCGGCGCUGUGGCGGGCGCGCUCGCACAGCUGUUCACCAUCCCCGUUGCUGUGGUCACCACCAGGCAGCAGACCCGUCCGAUCAAUGCGCCGUACGUCGGCCUGAUGGAUACGGCCCGAGAGGUGAUCGCCGAGGAUGGAAUGUCGGGCCUCUGGCGAGGACUGAAGGCGUCCCUGGUGCUCGUUGUGAACCCCGCCAUCACCUACGGCUCCUACCAGCGCUUCAAGGAGGUCCUCUACCCCAACAAGGCCCGGUUGUCGCCUUUCGAAUCGUUCCUGCUGGGCGCUAUGUCGAAGGCUGUCGCAACUUGCGCUACGCAGCCACUCAUCGUCGCCAAGGUGGGACUGCAGUCUCGGCCACCACCGGAGAGGAAGGGAAAGCCCUUCAAGGGGUUCAUUGAGGUGAUGAAGUUCAUCAUCGAGCACGAGGGCGCGCUGGGUCUCUUCAAGGGUAUCGGCCCGCAACUUAUGAAGGGACUUAUGGUGCAAGGCCUCCUCAUGAUGACGAAGGAGAGGAUGGAGCUGAGCUUUUUGUUGAUGUACCGGGGACUGCUGAAAAUGCGGGAGAAGCAGAUUGCCGAGAAGGCGGCGCUCUUGGUUAAGAGCACUGUCGACAGUGUAUGAUGGACCGACUAAUGGGUACAGAGACGGCAUUCCACCUUUGCUUGCGUUUUUAUCCUAUUCCCUCCUUCUUAUCUAAGCUGUAGACUAUGCAUAUACCUUUUCGUUCUGUUUUUUUUUCUUCACGUUUCUGUUUUCUUGGG